AUGACAUCGACCACUACGACAAUUAGAAAAUCUUAUGGGAAUAGACGUUUGUAUGCCUUUCCGGAGGAUUAUCCUUUUCGUUUUCAAAAACAGAAAAGUGCCGCAGUGCCCAAAAAGAACGAGGACGUGCCUAAAUUGAUAAAAUACAUCGAUGAUAACAUCGUUGGGAAGAACAAUGCCUUUUUGGGACCGUUUGGCCGGAGGAAAGUGGUAUUUUGCGAUUACGCGGCAUCGGGUAGAUCUUUACAAUUCAUAGAAGAAUACAUUCUGAGGGAAGUUUUGCCGACAUACGGAAAUACGCCUUACACUACAAGCAUAUCGUCUCUUCAAACUACAUUAUUUAGACAAGAAGCCAGGGAUAUAAUCAGAACUGCCGUAAACGCUUCGGAAGACGAUGCGGUAAUAUUCUCCGGGCACGGAUGUUCGGACGCUUUAGAAAAAUUAAUUACUGCCCUAGAUAUAAGGGAACCACCAGUAGUGUUUACUGGAUCGACUGAACACAAUGACAAUUUACACUUGUGGCAAAAAACCGGCGCCAAGCUGGUGCGAAUAGGAGAAACCAAAGACGGUCUGCUCGACCUGGCCGAGCUGGAGACCCAGCUGAAGUUCCACCAAAACAGCGGCAGGCAGAUGAUCGGCUGCUUCUCGGUGGCCUCCAGCGUCACGGGCAUCGUCAUCGACGAUCUCGCCUGCACGAUACUCCUGCACCAGUACGGCGCCCUCUCCUUCUGGGACUUCAACUUCGGCGCGCCCUCCGUACAGGCGGACAUGAAUCCCGCCCUGCCCGGCGUCGAGGAGAACUCCCCGUCGGGCUACAAGGACGCCAUGUACUUCUCCGGGCACAAGUUCAUCGGCGGAGUACAAACGCCGGGUAUAUUAAUCGCCAAGAAGUCCAUCUUUAGGUGCAUAAACAAUUGCGAUCCGGACGGUUUGUUCAUCUCGAACGAUCAGGACAAGAAUUUUGAUAUACAAGAGGACGGGAAUUGCGCGGCUGUGGUGGAAUCGAUUCGAGCGGGGCUCGUCAUGCAGCUGAAAGAAACCGUUUCUGUGGCCAACAUCGUACAAAGGCAGGAAAAAAUUAAUAAGCAAAUGCUGCAACACAUCAGGACCAUACCGGAGCUGAUACUGCUGGGCAACAACUCGCCCAAUCUGAAGCGGAUUCCGGUCUUCUCGUUCCUCGUGCGACAUCCGCGAGGAAGUUACCUGCACCACAACUUCGUCUGCGCCGUCCUCAACGACGUGUUCGGCAUACAGGCGAGGGCCGGCUGCCCCUGCUCGGGGGCCUACGCCCAGGAAUUGCUCGGCAUCGAUCACAGCCUAGCCGAUCAGUACGAGAGCAUUAUAUUGGAAGAUCGGCGAUUGAGCAGCCUGAACCUCGGGGUGGACAAUUCGACGUUGGAGUUGCUGAGGCCCGGCUUCACCAGGAUCAGUCUUCCUUAUUUCAUAAACGACGCCGAGCUGGCCUUCAUCAUGGAAGCCGUGAAGAUGGUGGCCACCGAAGGUUGGAAAUUACUGCCGCAAUACGUGGUGGACUUGGAGACGGCCGAAUGGCGGCAUCACUCCAACGUCGUCUCCAAAGACAGAAAAUGGCUGUCUUCCAUUAGAUAUUUAGAGGGAAAAAUGACGAUGAACGAAAGGAGGAUAUCGGGACCCGGCUUGUUUCCACAAAACUACUCCGAAUGCUUACAAACUGCCAGGAACCUGUUCAACAGAGCCAGGAAGACCGCCAACAGAGGCGCUUAUCAGGACCAAGGAAUCACCUUCGACGCUCGAGGAGAGAAAUUGAGAUGGUUUAUGCUCCAACACGAAGCGCAAGAUUUACUAACCAGCAAUGCUCAGAACGUCAAGCAGAAGGUGCCCUUUGAUCCAGUCAAUAAUUUACUAUGUAGAAAGGAUCGAGAAAGAGAUAAAUCUAAAGAAAGGGCUGUAACACCUCCUCAAGCAGUACCUCCUAACGGUUCACCGAGACACUACAGUCUUCCUGCCAUCGACGAUCCGAAAUUGCUCACCUGCUCCUCGCCCGUGCCCUAUUUCCUGCAGGACGUCAACGGCUUGUACUACCCGCAGAUGGCCCAACAGCAGGUGAACUUCGCCGUCGGCGAAGCCGUCAGCUCCACCAACUUGAACCACCUGCAGCAGAACUUCGUCAGAGAAAGGUGCCUUAGCCUGGGCGCCCCGACGGUCGCCUCGCCCGUCCUCAGCCCGUCGACGCGCGUCAGCCUCGGCGUGCACGGCCGCCAGCGCCAGCUCAGCUACAGCAGCCAGGAGCCCAACUCGCUGGAGAGCGAAUCCAACCAGAUGUCGCCCACCCACAGCCUGAACGUGCUGUCGAACAGCAGCUUCGACUGCCUGCAGUGCGGCCGCGCCUCGCCGGCGCCCGACCUCCAGACCUACGUGCAGGAGAUGACCAAGGAGAUCGCCACCAACAUCAAGAGCGAGAUCCGCGAGGUGAUAUCGAAGGUGGAGGACGCCUUGGAGAACGCCGACAGCGUUUGCUCGUUCUACGAGCGGCACGGCAGCGGCAGCGAAGACGGUCGAAGCGAUUCCAUCUCUGCUAAUGAAGUGGCGGAAUACUUGGAAAAAGUCUCCAUGGAGAUGGUGAACGAGGUGAAAUGCGAGAUCCGCGACGUGGUUAGCGCAGUGGACGUGUUCAUCACUCCCGACAAUCCGGACAAGCUCACUUAUUCCCGCACGUCGAGCGUCGGUACCUCCACCGAGCCGUCCAAACCGGCGCCCGACGACUCGGCGCAGCCAAUCAACAAAUCGGCCAGCUCGGACAAGCUGCAGAACGACGACGAGGAGAAGGCGCGCAAGUCCAAGGUGCUGUCGUCGACGGUGGCGAGCGUCAGCAGCCAGGACAGCGGCAUCAAUCUGUCGUUCCACGAGCAGGAGCACUUCCUCAACGGCGAGCAGAAGGCCAGGAGCAAUUCGGAAUCGUUGCACGCGCCGAGGAAAUCCGAUUCGGAUAUUCGGUUCUCCACGUUGCAGAAACACAGGCCUAAGCUGUUUAGGGAUCUCAGCGACGAUCACCAUUUGCUGGAAGUCAUCGCACACAGGUACAAUUCUCCGCCGAAAACCAUUUGGGAGCCAUCGUUAGAGGCCAUCGGCGAAUUCGACAUGAUCAAAAACGGCGAUAAAGUGAUGGUGUGCCUGUCCGGCGGCAAGGACUCCCUCUGUCUUCUCCACAUGCUGCUCCAGUACCAAAACUUCGUCAAGUCCAAAGGCCUGCUCUUCAGCAUCGGCGCCGUGACGGUGGAUCCGGAUUCCUCCGGUUGCGAUCCCUGCAUGCUGAUACCCCAUCUCAAGACCUUGGGCGUUCACUACAUAAUAGACGACAGGAAGCCUGAUGUGGGAAACGAACCAGAGAAAUUCGAAGGCGCCAAGGAGAAUUACUACACGUUCUGCACCCCUGCGCUGAGACAGCGGUUGUAUUCUUCGGCUAAAAGUUCCGGAUACAACGUAUUAGCCAUCGGGCAGCAUUUAGACGACGUGUGCGAGAGCUUCUUAUUAUCAGUCUUCCAUACGGGAAGAUUGAGAACUUUGAGGGCCCAUUACUUCAUAAGAGAGCACGAUCUGCGCGUGGUGCGGCCGUUCAUCUACGUGCGCGAGAAGGUGCUGCGCCAGUACAGCACGAACGAGAACCUGCCCGUUCUGACGGGCUCGUCGAGCCCGAAGCUGACCAAGGAGAGCCAGCGCAUCAAGCAGGUGCUCAUCCAGCAGGAGAUCCACUUCCCCAAGUUGUUCAGCAACCUGCGCUGCGCGCUGCAUCCGUUGAUCGGCUUCGAAAUCGACCAGUGCGAGAUAUACAGGAAGAGAUUGAAGGCGAGCGACGGUAGCGGAUCUGAUGAGGAAACUGACGAGGAGCCUGUUGUGAAGGGGGAUUGA